CGUCAUCACUGGGCGCCUCUUGCGGCCCUUCCUCCUUGAGGGCGAGCGAGCCAUGAGUGGCCGGGGCUUGCUUCUCCUCCUCCGCUCGGCGCGGGCCGCCUUCCCCGGCAGGAGCAGGCCCUUCGGCACUUCCUGCCCGCGGCCUGCCUUCGCCAAGGAGCUUUUCCUGGGGAACUUCCGCAAGGAGGAGGUGUUUCCUUAUCCUGAAAUUAGCAAUGAAGAAUUGGAAGAAAUCAAUCAGUUUGUGGGUCCAGUGGAAAAAUUCUUCAGAGAAGACGUGGAUUCUAAGAAAAUUGAUCAUGAUGCUAAGAUUCCAAAAGAAACACUUGAUGGGCUGAAGAGUUUGGGUCUUUUUGGCAUGCAGAUUCCAGAGGAGUAUGGUGGCCUUGGUCUUUCAAAUACAAUGUAUGCACGUUUAGGAGAAAUCACUUCUCAGGAUGGGGCUAUUGCAGUCACUUUGGCAGCUCACCAAGCUAUAGGGCUAAAGGGAAUCCUUAUUGCGGGCACCAAGGAGCAGAAAGAAAAGUAUCUACCCAAACUGGCUUCGGGGGAAUACACUGCUGCGUUUUGUCUCACUGAACCAGGAAGUGGAAGUGAUGCUGCAUCCAUCCAGAGCAGAGCUAUUUUGUGUGAAGAUGGGAAACAUUUCAAAUUAAAUGGUUCAAAGAUAUGGAUCUCAAAUGGUGGUAUUGCAGAUAUUUUUACUGUGUUUGCAAGAACGGAGGUUACUGACAAAGAUGGUGCAGUAAAAGACAAAAUUACAGCUUUCAUUGUAGAAAGAGCUUUUGGUGGAGUCACUCAUGGAAAGCCAGAGGAUAAGCUGGGCAUCCGAGGAUCUAAUACUUGUGAACUUCACUUUGAAAACACAAAAAUCCCUAUAGAGAAUGUUAUUGGAGAAAUUGGAGGAGGUUUUAAGAUUGCCAUGAAUAUCCUAAACAGUGGAAGAUUUAGUAUGGGCAGUGCAUCUGCUGGGAUGAUUAAAAAACUGAUAGAAAUGACAGCAGAAUAUGCUUGUACAAGGAAACAGUUUAAUAAGAAGCUGAGUGAAUUUGGAUUAAUUCAGGAAAAGUUUGCCCUCAUGGCUCGGAAAGCAUAUGUCAUGGAAAGCAUGGCCUAUCUUACUGCAGGAAUGAUGGACAGACCAGGGAUCCCAGACUGCUCCAUUGAAGCUGCCAUGGUUAAAGUGUUUAGUUCUGAAGGUGCUUGGAUUUGUGUGAGCGAAGCUUUGCAGAUCCUCGGAGGCCUUGGCUACAUGAAAGAUUAUCCAUACGAACGCUAUCUCCGGGACAGCAGGAUACUCCUGAUUUUUGAGGGAACAAAUGAAGUUCUACGAAUGUAUAUUGCUUUGACAGGCAUGCAGUAUGCUGGCAAAAUCUUAACUGAAAAAAUAAAGGAGAUUAAGAGGGGGAAUGUGACAGUGGCAUUGAACGUGUUUUUCAACAAGUUCCGCGACAGCAUGGGCAGAAAAGUCGAUCUAGGAUUAGUUGGAAAAGAUGGAGUGGUGCAUCCCAGUCUGGAAGAAAGUGCCAAGAAACUUGAAGAGAAUGCUUAUUAUUUUGGAGUUACAGUUGAAGGCUUGCUAAGAAGGUUUGGCAAGACUAUUGUAGAUGAACAGAUGGUUCUUAGGAGAGUGGCAGACAUCCUCAUUAAUCUGUAUGCAAUGACAGCAGUUAUAUCCAGAGCUAGUCGAUCUAUCGCCAUUGGUUUGCGUAAUCAUGACCAUGAGGUGCUGCUUACAAAUAUAUUUUGUACUGAAGCUGCUUUCCAGAAUACCUAUGCAAUGGCAGAGUUGGAAAAAUUUGCUCCUGAAAACAUGGAUGACAGUAUUAAAAAAGUGGCAAAGCAAGUGCUGGAAAAGAGAUCCUAUAUUUGUUCCCAUCCUCUCGACAGAACCUUCUGAAGGCUGGGAAACAGCAAUUGAAGUGCUCCUUUUUAAACAUACUAAUGGUUGAACUAAAUCCUUCUUGACUAAGAAGCCAAAUGAAUGAGAGACAUUUUAUGAAACAUAAUCUUCAAAAGUGCAAUUAUAAAAUAAAUUGUGUUAAUUCUUUUAUGCCUGAAUAGAGCUGACAAGAAUCCACCCACUGCCGUGGAGUGUACAAGGAGGCCCUCCAAAGUUGUUGGACCAUAAUGCCCAUCGGCCAUAAUCAGGAUAGUAACGAGUGAGAAUUUCUGGGAAUUGUAGUCCAACAACCUUUGAAGAGGGGUACACCCCAAGCGCAGUCUGUGUGCAGCAGAGAAUGACAGGAUUGAGAACUUACGAGAAAACAAUUGGCUGCUGAAUAUGCUCGGCCUGAAAGAAAAGCUAUUAAGGGGAAAGACAGUAAUGGUCUAAAACGGAAUCAGCAGACGGAGCAAGUCUUGUUUUCUCUUGUUCCAGAAGACAGGACUACAAUAUUCAGUAGAAAUUUCCGGGAUGUAAUCAAACCUUAUCAAGCCAUAAAAGAAGAGG